UGUGAAGAUCAAGAUCCAACUAGACUUUGCUUGAUCUUUGUACUAGCACAGUAGACAUUGCUAUGCGAGUCCAAGUUCGUUCCGCUCCUGUUGUUAACCCACCGACGAGGACCGCUGUUUUCUUUUUCCCCUGCAUGUGCAUCAUUCUCCGGGAUUCUGCCGUAAGAUAAUCCGUGGUAGCUGCACAUCAUCAUCAUGGGGGCGUCUAAGAACAAGCACACAGUCGAAGCUGCAAGGCGGACACCUGUGGGCGCCGUCUCGUGCUUUCAUCCCGCAGAAGAUGAUGAUCAACAUCAUGAUGACGCAGCAGGAGCACUCCAUAACCGAUGUUAUGCCAACCACGGGACGACAUCGACGCCGAAGCACGACCGCCCCGCCCAGCACCUGAGGCAGCAGCAGCAGCUGCACAACUCGACAAGUCGUAAGAGGAAGAGGACUUACAAGUAUGACCAUCCGCAGUACCAGGCAGCGUUGGAAAAGAUUGCGGCGCGGAAAGGAUCCGAUGCGAACGGUGGGUUCACCUGGUUUUGGCAGCAGCCAAGUUGCGGCAUGAUGAUGUGGAAGUUUUUCUUCCUCAGCUGCGCAAUACUAAACCAGCCCCUGCCGUGGCCGCUGAUGGUACUGGAUAACGUUAUGGAGGACUUGUUCGACUUGGAUGUGGAAGCAGACAAAGACCCGACGACCAGCAGAAGUGGAGAAAAAACUAAAAGUAAAAGCCUUUUACAACAUCAACAGGAAUCGGAGUUGUACCACGAUGAGAGCUACGAUGGCGGUACAAGAACUACGAAAGAUUUUUACUCGACGACGGUGGAAAAAGCCGAGGAGUGCUCCUCGCACCAGCCAGCGCCCGCACCUACUCCGUCGAGACAGCCACGACCAGCGGGGGCUCUGAUUUGCGAAACAAGUAGAAAAGGCACAACCACAUGCACGGCGCAGACAGAAUCAGAAUUUUUAUCUGGAAGAUCUACUACUGCAUCUUCUUCCAAGCGUGGUGGUCCUCGACAACAAGAUGAAAAUACUAGUGACAACAUUAGUCAAAGUCACCAGCUGCACGGGGGCAAGACAUGUGCACGACCAGCUUCAACAAGGUGGUCUUCCACCAGAAAAUCAUCUGAAAGCGUUCAUCCCGCGUCCUCCGGGACGACGACGAAAAAUGGUUGGAAUAAAGAGACUUUGAAUUUCGAACACAUGGUGCAAGAUCAGCAGGCUCAACAGCACACUUUCUCCGACAUCACGAACAUUAGAAAGCCGGAUUUCGUAAUAGAUGAAAAGCUCGAUCUUCAGCGUAUUAACGCAGGGCAGCCGGCGCGGGGUUUAGAUCAUGAAAAAGGAGCUGCGGUGAAUCCUCGCGAAGAUGUUGACAUGCGUGGAACAAACACACUGAGGACCAAAAGAACAUCAAACUCAAAGCAGAGCUAUUUACAACUGAAGCAGCAGGAAGAUGAAACUCCUGCUAAUGGUAUGGCAUCGCCAAAGACGUCGAGCUCGAGGAGCACAGGAGGCGAUAUCGAAAAGUGCGCGACAUCAUCAUCUUCAAGGGCUGCAGAGACCACGAAGCAGUCUUGUCCAUCUGGGGGCACGACCAUGGGUUUCACGGACGUCCAAACAACUUCUUCAUCUACUCCUGGUCGUGCGCCAGCAACCGGAGCAACUUGUGUUCGUCCUCCAGCUCUCGACAAAACUUCGAAACAAAACACGGCUGAUAGAAAAGUACUGCGGAACCUGUACGGCACAAUCCGGCGAUGCGAGAAAAGCUUUCUUCUCCCUUCAGAUGAACAGGAUUUGUUCACCAUGGGCGUCGAGUCCAAGAAAAAGAAAAACGGUCAAGGAGAAGGACGCCAAAAUGUAAAUGGAAUUGCUGAGACAUCAAAACUCCACGAGGAGGACAAGAAAGCAGACCAGGAACAACAAGUACUCGAUACAGGCGGCGAGGACAACUACGACUACGUAGACGACAUCCUGCGAGGUCUCGACAGAGGCUUUUUGUUCUUAAACAAAAAUGGGCAGCGCUUUCCGGAUGGUAUCAAGGUCCCGGAAGAUGAAACGAACUGCGACUGGCUUUUCUGCAUUUCUGAGGCCGUGCGCCCAAUGCAGCACUCCUAUUCAUUGACGAAGAAGCCACUGGCGCCGGAGAGGUCGAGUGCAACGGACGGAGACUACUAUGUGGAGGAACUGCUGAAAAAAAUCCUCUCUCUGGCGGAUACACGGAAGGACCGGGCUCAGUGCAACAAUGGUACCGCUAGUAGCAUCAGCGCUCCGACGGUGAGAGAUGAAAAGUACGAGCACCACCAGCAGGUACAACUAGAGCUUGAUCAAACCAGCUCAAAGGUGGCCACACCUCUUAUCCCUUCAUCGAAACAAGAAGAAAGGGAGCAGCAGGAGCAGGAGCUGUUUGUCUUUGAUCAACUUCAACACCCCUACGACGAGACAAGGGUCGUUGUCGAGGAGGAUGUCUCAACGGUCACACAACAGGAGGAAAUAACUACUUCCGCGGAGCAGGAAGGUCAAAAAAUCGAACCCACUACGGACACUGUCUCCACCCUUCCGCUCCCGAGUAUGGCGUUCUCAACUGUUACAUUCUCAAGUGUUACAUGGAUUUGUCAAUGUCAUGCAAGAAUGGGAGAAGUGAAAGGGAAAAGCUUGCUCCUUUUGCAUUACAGGUUUGGAGCAGAUUACAAUGCUAUCUAGCGUGUCGAGAACUUGUCAUGCGGAGAAGGUUUGAAAUUGUGAAAAGUGAUAGCGUUUUUGCAUGACAACAAAUGAGAAUGUAACGUUUGAGAGCCCCAUACCGAGACCGAUGGCGCGGGCCGACCGCAGGCGUUCGGCCAGACUGCUCGAGAUCGAAAUGGUACGGACUUACGUGGCCAUCUUCGAUGCGCCGCCUUCGCUGACAGAGGAAUACAUCCAGGUCGGAGUCUAUCGCAGGAGAAAACUGUAGUUUUACCGGAAAAUUUGUGAUGCAGAACAUCUAAAUCAUGUAAUGUAAAUGUAUUCCUAUUCCGUUCGCAUAGGUAGCAUAAGUUUUACUUUGUGUUUCUACGCAUGCUCAUGCAUGGAUUUUUAGGCGUGCUUUACUCUAUCCCUGAGGAAGCUCGCAGGGCAAAUAAAAAUGUACAAACGAGCACCUGUCAUCCGCGAAGAAAAAAAUUGCAAAAUUGCAAUACAGUGAAACACUUUUUCCGCUCGAUAGUUUCACGAACAAGGCGGGGAAAGCGAAAGUGCUUGAGAAGAUAAUGGGGGCAGACUGGUACGGCUACCUCAAGAUGCCAAAGGUGCUGUUGGAAAUGGCACCCGACAUGACAUACCUAGAGUACGCGAGCGAGGCCAGUUUGCUGGAGAUAGAAAUCGAAGACAUAAACACGGCCGAGACUUCAUCCUCGUCUAGUACUGUUGAACACGACGACCAUCAACAUCAUCAUGCGUCAAGGAGUAAGGCCCAUGAUAGUAUCCGGUACAACAACGAAAACCAUGCGGCGGAUGUGGAUGUGUUGAGCCUGAGUGAUAUGAAAAGCCUUCUUUCCAACGACCGCUACGGAUACCGAAGUAGUGGUCUGAGCUACAACAUUGCCAGUGCCGCCGCACGGCAGUCCUGGUGCUAUUCGAACAGGUACAAGUGCAUUUACCUGAUCGACCGUGGCCCGGAGCAACACACGGACUUUCUUCUCGCGAUCAUGCUCCCGAACUUGGAGAGCGUGGCGGUCAGCCUGGACAUUAUCCAGCGAAAGGUGUAUGACUGGCUGUAUUGGCUGCAAAAACUCGACCAAGUGGACGUGGAUGAGGUUAAUAACAUGGAGAAACGAGACGACCAGGAGCACGUUGGUGGUCCUGGUCGUCGAGCUGAUAGUACUGGCAACGGCUCUACUUGUAGUUCUACUUGCCCGUCGUCGUCCGAGAUGAAGCAGGAUCCGUUUAGUGGCCGCCCGAGCCAUAAUUUUUUCUUUGACGACCAGGGGAAGUGCAGUAGCAGUACCGGAAGUAGGCAUCAUUCACAGCAGACAGCUUCUGUGGUGUCGACCAGCAGGAGCGUGCAAGUGAAAGAAGUUGUGGAAAUAGAAACUCAAACUCCAAAAACAUCAUUUUCUGACGGACGACGAGGAUGCCGUUGCGCCGCCUCAACAACGGGGGCUGCAGAUAAGCAACUACAAGGAGUAGACCUCCACGGAGAUGAAGUAGGGACGAGCCAGGACGAGCAGUUGCAGUACUACACCGAUAGGGAAGCGGCCACGGUAGCGAAGCUGAGUGAAAACGAUAGGGAGCACAUUGAACAAACCUUCGAGGAGGUAAAGGAAAUGAUGUUGAUGCAGCGGACCUACAAGGCGCGCAGCGACGAGGCUCGAGGUGUGGACCGCAGCGACAUCGACCCAGUUGCGCUCGAGAGGGACGUAUGCAUUGGUGCACAAGUAUCGUACUAGUACAAGAAAUCGUGUGAGAGCAUGAGAAAUAAAUAAUUAAAAUUUCAAUUAAUGUAAAAGUGCGGAUUUACCUCGAUUUGGAAAAGUGCACGAGUGCGAUUCCGAUUAGUGCGAGCGCGAUACUUCUGCACAGGAUAGCAGGUGCAGCACCACGCGCGCUUCGGGGCCGUGCGGUGGCGCGAGCAACGGAAGGCCCUGCAGGUCUUGGAUGGGUUCGUGCAGGAGCUACGGCAGGAUGUGCAUGACGCGACGAAAGUGAUCCUAAAGUCGGCCCUGGCGAAGAGUGCGCGCAUCUCGGCACUUCUCACGCUCAUGAAGGGCGCUUCGGCACUUUUAGCCGGCCUGUUGAGCAACCACUUAAUCACGCUGCAGAGUACCGAGCUGCAGAUAGAAGUGCCCCGGGAGCAUCGUGUAAGCUUCUUGUACCUCAAGACGGACUUUCACGGGAUGCUUACGAUUGAAGGUGGGCCGCCGCACUUCAACACACUCGCAAGUGUAGCGCCCUUUUUGAGAAUACCGCCAUCUCUUCUCGGGCCGCUUUCUUUGAUAGGAGCAAUCUCGGCCUCCCGGCGUCAGCAACUGCGGGACCACCGUGCAGAGCAGGCAGUUUCAGUGCAUCAUCACCAAGCGGAUGAAGGAGAUGCGGGUAGUACGAAGGAGCGCCACAGACGACACUCGUCCACGCAUGGUUUGUCAUUUGCGGCCCACGUCGUCGAGGAUGAACAAAACAAACUGUCAUCACGUUCAUCUAAAACAGAAGAAUCCGCGGCCGAUGUACACUACAACAGUUGGCCUGGAAAAACCGCGGAACACGACGACCUAGGCUGCACAAGAACUGACGCAGUAGACAAUUCGUACGACCACAAGCAACAGCCUGCAAUGAUGAAUCAUCAUCAUGGUAGAGAUGAACAGCAUGAUGACGCGGGCGCGGCUCGAGACCAGGAUGUAGAUGAUGUUCCAAGCGGCCCAGCCCCCACUUCUAGUACAUCACCGACGUCACAAUCAGAAAUAACGACGAGCACUGAAGACGAUAAUUUAGGAGGAACAUCAUCUUCACACUCCAGUGUUAAAUCGACUACAUCACCGCCUGCCGAGCAAAACAGAAACAGCCAGAGCAUUUUCUCCCGACGGCCUCGCAAAAAUUCCCGCGGUGGCGGUAUCCUACUCUCAGUCACAGCCACGCCGGUAGAUGAUGUAGUGGUCGCAGCAGCUGGAGCUGCUGCGCCCCCUGCUCCGCCGUCCGUCCCGCUGCGGCAGGCCGCGGCCCACACGAGCACCGCGACGGCGACCACGACGAGUUGCGAUCCGCUCGGGGGCUUUUGCGAUGUGUACGAGUCCCUGGAGUCCUUCUACCCGCCCCAGGUAAGCCCGCACUGCCUGCAGUCCGCCUGCGAGAUUCCGGCGCAAAGCGGCGAAUUCAUCGGUGCCUGCCAGAAUUCCGAAUACAUCCAGUCCCAAAUAUCCUUCUGCAGGUCCCGGGUGUGCUACGACGCGGUAGGUGCUCGUCAGGGGACUUUGCAGUAGGAUUCAAAUUGAAUUUAUGAUGGAUGACAAUGCACCAGCCAUUGCUGCUCAGCAAACAGAAACAUUGACAUUCGCAUUGACAACAUUCUUGCAGCAUCUGGAUCUGAAGAUGAUGAUGAUGAUGAAAAAAUCAACAGUGCGUCCCUCCGAUCCAGUACAUUCACCCGGAAUGGACUUUACGAGAAAAGGACCGCUUGGUCGAAAAGCGGUUCAAGGCUUUGAUAGAAGAGCGGAUCCGGCGCGAAGUGAACGCAAGUGUGGACCCGGAGGUGCCCAUGCUGUUUACCUACAAUGCGGACUGCAUCGAGGCUUUCAAAGACGCGCUCUGCUACCUGAAUUUUCCCAAAUGCGGCUGCGCCCAGGAAAGCUUGCCAAUGUGCACGUCCGUUUGCAACAAUUACUACACAGGUAUAGAUUGACAAAAAGGAGGACGAGGUGAAGAGAUAAUGCGCCAGUUUAGUGGUAGUCAUGCCCUCACUGCAACAGCUUCUACUUCUUUCUCUUUGCGCAUGGAUUUGACCAUUAAACUACAAUGUUGUAAAUGCACAAGAACUUGUUCUUCUGCCGUGAUGGAGUACUUUUUAAGUGGCGUUGGUUCGACAUCUUCAAGUUCAACUUCUUGAUGAGCAUUUUAACGGAAUGACUGUUUGCUGAAAGUCGCCUGCUCUUGUACUAAUUGACAUACAACUCACUCUCCCAGCCUGCGGCGGUGCGAUCCCCAACGAGGAUGGGACGUUCAUUGAGUGCACCGAGGGCUUCAUCCUGGAUGCGGGUCUGUUCGUAUCAAGUGCAAAAGUAUCGUACUCGUACAAAUCGCUGUCAUGCAUUACAAAUCCCUUUCUUUGGGGGAAUCCGCAUUACAAAUUCCAUUUCUAAUGCUGAGGGAAUUUGUAAUGCUAUUUAUACUAGUGCGAUACUUUUGCAAUGCAUAGUUCGCGAGUUACACCAACAAACGGCGGCCGAACGCUACCAGCACCGUGAGUCGGGACGGCCUGAUGCGCAACAACUGGGACGGGCCGGGAUUUGCGGCGCACGCACUGGGAGGCUACACGGAGCAGUGCCCAGCCAUCUCCAGUGACAUGCGACAGCUACGCUCGGUUUCGUCCACUCGACAGCAUUGGAUGACAUCACAUCCGUCUGCUGGCAGUGCUGGCGGGAGGAACCUCGCUGCUUCUGCAAGUGGUCCAACUCUUUACAAUAACAUGACGGAUGCACCACCAUUCUCAGGCGGUGGGAGAAGAUUAUCGCGACAGGAGGCUGUGAUGGAUCGCAACCAUCGGAUGCUCCAACAAACGACACAGGCUUGUCGGGUACAACGAGAAAAAAUUUUUGACUCUGUGCGUGAAUCUAUGUCGUGUACGAUGUGGAUGUAGAUCAACAAGGAGGCCGCGCAAGAACGUUGAAAAGCAAAAGAGAGAGACUAGUAGUAGGACCACAUGCAAAGUCAUCACUAGUGAUAGUGUGGGCGUCACACGGUAGUAGACGCAGCGGCAAUGAAAACGUGUGAAAAUAAAAAUAAAAACAGGACGCAAGCAUGAACGAUACAUCGGCCGUUGGCGGUGGCACCAACCCGGAUAAUCUUCAAGUGUCCGCGGUGGAAAAGCCCGAGGACCCGGACCUGCUACCCGCGGUGCUCUGCGUGCUGGGACUGUUUCUCCUGGUCAUCUUCUCGUACGUGAUGAGCUUCGUGGAACCCAGCUUCGACGCGAACAAACGCAUUGUGAAGAUCAUCGCGACGCCCAUUGCCUUCUUGGCAAUCGUGUUUCUCAUCCAGUACGUGCAGCUCACGUUAGAAGCCGGAAAAGUCGCUUCCCCGGACGGCACGCCUGUCGUUUUAGCCUGCAUCGAGGGAAAGGUGCGGGUGUCGGGAGAUUGCGCAAGGAGACUCCGGUGGCCACAGGUACGAUUUGUACGCAGUAUUUCCGAUCAUGAGUAUCCUACUUUAAUCUUCGUCUUUAGAUGAGGAGCUUAACAAGUUGAAGUUCUGAUGAAUCGGUUAAGUAGUUUUAUGUGGACCUCCACUGCAUCGCAAAAGCUAAAGCAAACAUUACUAUUCGUCUUCUUGGGAACCGCUGGAAAACUUCCACAAACAUUGACAUGAUUUUCGUUGUGUACCACAGGUGACGCAGUUAGGAUGUUCGACGAGCUGCACUGGCAACACUGUGUCAAGCAGGGUGGUGGGUGCAGCUUCGUCGCUUUUACUCCUGGUGCUGUCAGGACUUUAUCUUGCAGCUGUUUGAACAAGAAAACCGUGAGGACGCAGGCGCACCUGCUGGAAUUCCACUUGUGGCUUGUGGUCGCAUAGACAUGUAGUUGCGACAGGAGAGGUAGCAACAAGACGAAGAAAAGGAAAACAUGGAUACACAUACAACAUCUUGCCGAGCAGAAAUAAAUGCCAGGUGCUGUAUCCUUAGUGCAACAGCAACAACGAUGAGCUGCAAAGACAGGCUUUCAUCCACAAGAAGCACUAGGAUUUGAAUCAAUUUCGUGCAGAUUCGAUUUGCAAUUUUGCAGUAGCAGUUGUGCAACGUUUUAUGUGCAAUCAGCCGACAGCGAAUGAAUCAAUUGUCGGGAGAAGUCACCUGCUUGAUUGCAUUGAAGUGUCGAC